CCCAAACCAAGAGAAAAUUCGUUCUUCAGUUCUGGCCCAGUGACGAGAGAUAGUGUCGACAAAGAGAUGAAGGACAAAGCGUAUCAACUUUGUCGAGAUUACCUUAGUGGUUCGUGGAAAAGUAUUUCCAGUAACGAUAUGGUGUUUACUGCAAUAAGUGGAGGCCUUAGUAACUUAUUAUAUCACUGCUCACUUCCGAAGACCCAUACUCCCCUGGUUGGCGAACCUGAUCAAGUCCUGCUGCGCAUGUAUGGCCAGGUGCAUGAUGGACAGGCUGAAGCUAAUAUCACAGAGAGUGCAAUAUUCAUGCUUCUCUCUGAAAGAAAUCUUGGACCAAAGCUUUAUGGGAUUUUCCCUGAAGGAAGGCUUGAAGAAUACAUUCCUGCUAAAGCCAUGACUUGUCAAGAGCUUCAAGACCCUGAUCUAUCAGCUAAAAUAGCCAGAAAACUUGCUCUCAUUCACCAACUUGCAGUGCCUAUUAAUAAAGAACCAACGUGGAUGUUUGAGAAAAUGGAAAGGUGGUUGCAGAAAAUAAGAAAGGAUAUCUGUGUGGAAAAUAUUGAUGUGUCGAAGAGAGAAUAUGCCGAUCACUUGCUUUCACAAAAUCUUGAGAGUGAAUUAAUGUGGUUGAAGCUGUUUCUUCAAAGAGCAGCAUCCCCAGUGGUUUUUUGUCAUAAUGAUCUACAAGAAGGUAAUAUUUUACUGCCUGAAAGACGAAGCGACAAUGAGGAUAAAGUUAUUUUCAUUGACUUUGAAUAUUGCAGUUACAAUUAUAGGGGUUUUGAUAUUGCCAAUCAUUUUCUGGAAUGGUGUUAUGAUUACUCUUUGCCGGAAUACCCACAUUUCACAGCCAAGAUGGAGAACUUUCCCUCACAAGAACAACAGGUUUGUUCAAGUGCACUUUUAUAUUGUAUUUGA